ACCCACCAUUUGGACAUGGGAAAUAAACUUGAAAUUUAGACAAAAAUCAGAAUUUUUAAAUUGAAAUGAUCAAUUCCCUUGUUUGGAUUUAUAAUCAUAGAAAUUUAGUUACCACAUACUAUUACUAAUGACUUAAAUUAUAAGCUUUUAUCAAGGAACCUUACUUCUUUUACCCUUUCAUAUUGUAGAACAUGACCCCAUUUCUCACAGCUAAACUUGCUGGCCAAUGUGUUGCAGUAGAUGCAGCUGGGCUCUUAUUCUCAACACUGCAGGUUGUGCUUCUCCCUGUUUUGGCGGGUGCAUUUCUGAAUCAGUAUUUCCAAGGCCUGGUUAAAUUCGUCUCCCCCGUGAUGCCACCCAUUGCUGGCACUGUAGGUGUUCUUUGUGGGAAUGCAAUUGCCCAGAGUUCAUUUGCAAUCCUUACGUCUGGUAAACAAGUGGUGCUAGCUUCCGCUCUUCUUCAUGCAAGUGGAUUUUUCUUUGGAUACAUCUUUUCAAGGAUGCUUGGGCUCGAUGUCACAUCAUCAAGGACUAUCUCCAUCGAGGUUGGCAUGCAGAAUUCGGUGCUUGGAAUUGUUCUAGCUGGUCAGCACUUCGGAAACCCUCUAACUGUGGUACCAUGUGCUGUUUCCAGCGUUUCUCAUUCAAUCUUGGGUAGUGCCUUGGCAGGAUUCUGGAGACAGACCGUGACAACCCAGAAGCAAGAUUGA